UAAUUUGAAAAUGGAGAGUAUUCACACUCAUCAAUGUCACCGUAUGAAUAUUCUCUUAUGCGGAUUUAUCACUGCAGUCUGCAGGGUGUAUAGUAUAGUGCAUGUGCAUGUCUCAACUGUGCCGGAAAUCUCGUCGUUUUCUUCUAACUUCUCUCUCUCUCUCUCUCUCUAAAACUGAACCCUCUCAAAUCCAAACACGUACAAACUUUCAUUCUUCCUCCAUAACCACCAAUCCCAACCACCGUCUCUGUUCUCCGCCCAGCCUCCAACAACCUUUAAACAACCACUAAGGAAGUUUUGAAUGGAGAAUGAUGUUGGGUCACCUCAGGGUCCGGUUACUUGCGGGUCAUGGAUUCGGAGACCCGAAAAUCUCAACCUAGUUGUUCUUGGAAGGUCUAAGCGUGGAAAUUCUUGUCCUUCUUUACUCCAGAUUUUCUCAUUCGACCCUAAAACUGUUUCUUUGUCUACUUCCCCUCUGGCCAAUUAUGUGUUAGAAGCAGAAGAAGGCGAUCCUGUUGCUAUUGCUGUGCACCCUAGUGGUGAUGAGUUUAUGUGCUCUUUGAGCAAUGGUAGUUGCAAAUUGUUUGUGCUGUAUGGUCAUGAAGCAAACGUGAAGCUGCUCGCCAAGGAACUAACACAUCUACAGGGUAUUGGAUCCCAGACAUGUAUUACUUUUAGUGUUGAUGGAUCUAAAUUCGCUGCUGGUGGGUUGGAUGGACAUCUCAAAAUUAUGGAGUGGCCUAGCAUGCACACAAUUUUGGAUGAACCAAAAGCACACAAAUCUGUCCGGGAUAUGGAUUUUAGUCUAGACUCAGAAUUUCUAGCUUCAACUUCUACCGAUGGUUCAGCAAGAAUCUGGAAGAUUGAAGAUGGUGUUCCUUUGAUUACUUUGUCUCGCAACUCGGAUGAAAAAAUUGAAUUAUGUCGAUUUUCCAAGGACGGAACCAAACCGUUUUUAUUUUGUGCCGUUCAAAAAGGGGACAAGUCUCUCACUGGAGUUUGGGACAUGAGCUCAUGGAACAAAAUUGGGCAUAAGAGGCUGCUUAGAAAGUUUGCUUCAGUAAUGUCCAUUAGCCACGACGGGAAAUACCUUUCUCUGGGAAGUAAAGACGGAGACAUUUGUGUAGUUGAAGUAAAAAAGAUGCAGAUACACCAUUAUAGUAAGAGACUACACCUCGGUACAACUAUUGCAACCUUGGAGUUCUGUCCUAGUGAAAGGGUUGUACUUACAACCUCGGUAGAAUGGGGAGCAUUGGUCACUAAACUGAAUGUACCUAAAGAUUGGAAAGAGUGGCAAAUCUACUUGGUGCUUUUAGGACUAUUUUUAGUGUCAGCAGUUGCAUUUUACAUAUUCUUCGAGAAUUCUGAUUCAUUUUGGGGAUUUCCAACGGGAAAAGACCAAAGACCAAAGUUUAAACCAAUUACAAGAGACCCUCAAUCAUUUGAUGAUCAAAAUGUUUGGGGACCGGUAGACAUGUGACCGCUACCGCUUCGACAUUCUUUGAAGUUGUCAAUUGGAACCAAUAUCAGCAGUAGUUGUAAUGUAAGUGGUAUCAACAUUUAUCUCAGGAGGGAUUGCACAUAGUAGAUUUAGAAAAUUGAAAUAUUGUGGGUUUGAAUCCCUACCUCAACACAUCAACUAGUUUCGCGGUCUUUUAACUCAGUUGUGGUUAUAGAACUUUGACUUUUUAAUAUCAGUGAAUGUAUUCAAUUAUUUCCAUGAUGAUAUUUGAAAAAGUAUUCAAAAAGAUCAAAAGAGUAAAUAAUUUCUUAAUUUUAGUGUCACGUUAUAUGUGAAA